ACGUGCGAAGCCCGCGUGCUCGGCGACCCGUCUGUUUUGGAUAUAGCCCAUGUUUUUGGGCUCCCGGCCUUCUCUAUGCUUUUCUUGCGUAUCGUCUGCAUUUCGACACGGCACCACUGCACUACUGGACUACGGCAAGCUGAUGGCAUCCGGUGGAGCAUCGUACGGCAACGACUGCUGCUUACCUGGUGCCACAACUUUGGAUGAAUGCAGAAGCCCGGAACGAGCAUUUAUAUAGAGCAAAAUAAACAUUUCAUCAUUUCAGAAGACGUCUUUCGUUUUCUUUAUGAAAUUGCACCUGACAGAUUCGGUGCAGUCUUGUAAAGGUCAAUCGCAAUCAUUUCUACUUAUUAAUGAAACGAUUCCACGCCAAGGCCACGCGAGGUUCAGCAGAAGCGAAAAAAAAAAAAAAAAAGUGAUGAAUGCCGCGUCGAGCAGCGGAGCCGGCGCGGCGUGUACCAACUGGUGUUCAGAACGCGCGCGCCCAAAACCGAAACCGGAAGGAGCCAACAACAUCCGCUUGGUGUGCUACAGUCAAUUCGGCCGCUGGGCUCUACGGGAGUGUCCGCUCUUGUUGAAAUUUCUUUCUCUAUGGUGCUGCUGUCAUGCUAGCCGACGUGGUGCCCGUGGUGUGUGUGCGCGGCAUGAUCGCUUCUCUAGCGGUGGUCGCUCGUCGACUUCGUUCUCGCCGCAGUGCUGUCGUUUCCAGUUCGCGCUGCAUGUCGACUACUACGCGGCCAAAUGUCGACAGCUCUGGUAGCAGUGCGGCCGGAACCUUCUGCCUGGUCGACUAUGACGUUGUGGGGUUCGACUUGGACAACACGCUGGCGCGCUACCGGUUGCCAGCGCUGUUCGAACUCAUCCACAGAAGUGUCGGCGACUACCUUUCUACGAGCGCUGGUCACCAGCGGCCGGGCAACAGGUUGUGGGCCAGUGCGCGGGCAUUCUCGCAGAGAGGUCUGCUGGUAGACAAAAAGCGUGGCCUCCUGGUCAAGUUUGACGCCAGCGGGAGAGUAGACCGCGCCUUAAAGGGUUUCAAACGCCUUUCAGAUUCGGAGGUAGAGCAACUGCAAAAGGAGUACACUGGGCUGGAGUUUCGGAGAGACCUGCGACCAUCCCAUGAGUGGUACAAUUUUGCCGACUACUUCACUGUGCCGACUGAGGCCUUGUAUGCUGAUAUGGUUGCAUGUGCCAAGCCAGCGGCCUCACUGGAGCCUCUCUGGCAUGACCUCUUGGAGGGAAUUAUCCACUUCUACCGCCCUAGUGGGCCCCGAGCCACGACCUUGCUCCGGACUCCCGACGUGCUGGUCCGGCCGUGCCCUCCGUCGGUGAAGGCUUGGAUCCAGAGCCUGCGAGUGGCCGGCACCCGCACUUUCCUUCUGACUGGCUCAGAGCCUCUGCUUGCGUUUGCCAUUGCAUCCCAUGCUUUAGGCCCACAGUGGCGUGACCUCUUUGACUUGGUGAUUGUGGGCGCCAACAAGCCAGCUUUCUUCUCCAAUGCUUCCCUUACUUUUCAGGUUGUUGAAGAAGAUGGCUCAGAGAGGCCUCUCGGCCAUGGUGAGCAGCUGUGUGCAGGCAUUGUAUAUCGUGGUGGAAACUGGAUGGCAUUGUGUGAACGAUGGCUUGGCGGCCAUCGCGCACUCUAUGUCGGCGACUCAUUGGUGGAUGACAUUGUUGCUUCACAAGGCUGCUGUGAAAGUGUAGCUAUUCUUGAAGAAUUGGCUGUUGAAGCUGCUGCACCGGAAUUUGCAGUGCACGAUGGAAUUGAAUACCUUCUGUCUGAUGUUUGGGGCUCAGUAUUUGCAUCAGCCCAUGGUCCAAGCUAUCUGACAAAGGCCGUUUGUGGGGCAGCAAAAUUGGCAGUGCCAGAUGUAGUGCACCUGGCCAAGUUGACGCAAAGCACAAGAAUUCCAGCAUUCGACGGCACUGUGGGUCUAUCUGGUUUCUAUCCAAGACCACCAGAAUCAUUGGUUGCUCUGCUUGCACGUUCUUCUGUGGAGGAAAGUAGGCGACAUUGAGUAGACUAGCAAAUGCUGUUUUCUGUGCUAGCCAGCAUGGCCUGUCUAAAUCCGAAAUAUCAUAUGAGAUCAUAAAAUGCAAUGUGCAAGCACACUUUUCUCAGUGCCUGGAAUCGUUGAUGAAAAUUUCAGAGCUAAUUAGCUGAUUUUCAUAUUUAUGCUAAUGUACCUCUGUCAUACUAGCAACAAAUCAUAAAGAACAGGCACUUGUAAUUUUUGACUGAAACUAGCCGAAUUCUUAUUUUGCUUGCUAGUAGCAGCAGUAGUCAUUGUUUUGAAAUAAAUCUAGGAAAAAGGAAGGGAAAGAAAUUGCUGACCGCACUGUAACUGUUAAGCAUUGUCUGUUGAUGGCAGUCAGCAGUGGAAGAAUCUGGGUAGGAGAAUAAAAGAACAGGGAAAGAGGAUAAAGUAAGAGAGGUAACUAACUUUUGUUGGUUUGCUUGCUUCCCACCAAUAGUAGUUUUAGUUCAAAGGGAAGUUACAUAGUCAUUGCUAACUGACUGUUAUACAAUGUUAUUGGCAUGUUUACGAAGAUCUGUAUUGCAUGUGUUCUGUCGUUUAAUUUUUUGUGUGUUAAAUGUCUUUCGGGUGGUCAGACUUGCUGUAACUGCAUGUAACAAAAACAUGUACUGUUAUUGCUUAUAUCUUUGCAACUGUACUACUCAUCCUCCUUUGGUAUCUUUCUGUAGAAUAAAGGAGCCAUUACUCAAUCACG